AAACUGUAUUUAAAUAUGGUAUAUUUACAUUUUCCGUCCAACCUGACAGAAGAGGAGUUAAUGUUGCAAGCGAAAUAUCAAAAGUUAAAGAAAAAGAAGAAGGCAUUGCAAGCGUUGAAAGCGCCUAAACAGGAACCAGAGAAACCAGUGCUCCCGAAGCGGCCUACUGAAGCUCGUGAUGCUCGUGAAAUAGCACGAAAAUUGAUUAAAAGUGGUGCUAUUCAAGCUAUUAAAAGCCCCCCGCCUCAGCCACAGAACGCUACUUUUAAGAGGCCUAGAGCAGGAAGAGAAAGGAAGCUAAGUGGAUCAGCAGGAGCCACAGGAGGAGUAGCAUCAUAUCAGCCAUUUAGUGCAUCCCAAGAGCCACCUCCCCCUGAGGAGAAGCCUGCACCACGUGUUAAAUAUCUCUAUGACUCUUUUGUUACAGCUCGGGAUAAGGAUGAUAAAGGCCCCAGACCUCACCAUGGUGGUGACAACCCCAAUACAAACCGGACCCAGAGCAACACCCUACAGGUGACAGGACCUAGUCUCACUGAGGAAGGCAUCAGGCGCAGGCUUGCAGCAUUCGAGCCUUUUACUGUGGCACAAGAACCAGAUGAAGACAAAAUAUUUGUAACAUUUGAAACUGUGGAGGCCGCGGCCCAUGCCCAGACAUCACUGGAGACUGGUGAUGAGGGCUGGCGAGUUGUAUCAGCGCGACGACCCCCACAAACUGCAGGAACAUGGGCACCUGCACCCUCUCCAAGAAACCCUCAGCCACCUAAAGAUUCUAAACGCAAUCUAGUUACUUAUGAUGAUAUAUUUGAUUAA